CUAAGUAAGGAGUUGUAAGUAGUCACAGGUUCAACAGCGACAAAGUGAUUACAUAUGGUUUUAUUUAAAGCUUUCUGACGUGUGUGUGCGGAAACGAUUGCGCGCGCAAUGAAUCAAGCACCAGUAUCGUGUAUUCCUGCGGGGAAGAUGUCAAAGGCGAAAAAAGUGCUCGAUGAAGCAAGAGAGAUCCAAAAUCCUGAACUGGAUCUCGUCGACAAGGGCAUUGCAUCUUUCGAAGAGAUGCCAGGAUUGCUUAAUAUGAUCAAUGUAACCAGAUUAUCAUUGAGUCAUAAUAAAAUACAAGAGGUACCUCCAGGACUGGCUAAUUUAGUCAAUUUGGAAAUAUUAAAUCUAUUUAACAAUCAUAUCACCGAAUUGCCUAUUUCUUUAUCUCAGAUGCCAAAACUAAGAAUCCUUAAUGUAGGGAUGAACAGAUUAGAUAUAUUACCUCGUGGAUUUGGUGCCUUUCCAGUGCUAGAAGUUUUGGAUCUAACAUAUAAUAAUCUCAGUGAAAAGAAUUUACCUGGAAAUUUUUUUAUGAUGGAAACAUUAAGAGCUCUCUACCUGGCCGAUAAUGAUUUUGAGUAUUUACCACCUGAAAUUGGACAAUUAAAGAAUCUUCAAAUUCUUGUAUUAAGAGAAAAUGAUUUAGUGGAAUUACCAAAGGAAAUUGGGGAAUUAAGUCGUUUAAGAGAAUUGCAUAUACAAGGAAAUCGUUUAACUGUUUUACCUCCAGAAUUAGGAAACUUGGAUCUAGUGAGCAACAAAGCUGUAUUUAGAAUGGAAUUUAAUCCUUGGGUAACACCAAUUGCUGAUCAGUUACAAGUCGGUAUAUCUCAUGUAAUAGACUACAUUCGUUCAGAAACAUAUAAAUACGUUUACAGUCGACAUCAAAGCGCUAAAGGACCGCCACCUCCAAUCGAGAAUGAUAAAAGCAAAAAAAUUUCACGUGCUCGUUAAUAUUACAAAUAUUUGAUGUGCUUAAUGAUUUAACGCUAAAGAUAAUGAUUUUAAUCCAUUCACUGCCAGUAAUAUCGUAUAUACAAUAACAUGUAACUAAAAUCGGUGCCUUAUCUGUAUUUUAUAUGAUAUUGUUAAUUAUAUUUUUUAAUGCUAUAUAAAGGAUACAAGUAUUUAUUAAAUAUAAUACAUAUAUGAAAGUGUACGUAAAAGAUAUAAACAUAAUUUGAAUAAUGUUAUUAUUGCAUGGCUUUAAAUGUGAUUAAUGUAAAUAAGAGAUAU